AUGUCUGAAUCCGAAAACCAGGCUGCCCCUCUCCGCGUAGGCGUCGUGCUAUUCCCAGGCUUUCAAGCCCUGGAUGUAUUCGGGCCAAUGGACUGCAUCAAUGUCCUCUCAUGGAGCCACAAUGUGACCUUGGCACUUUUAUCCUCAACACUAGAACCAGUGACAACAAAACCACAGGCGGUUGCCAACGCCAUAGGUCAAAGCGUGCUGCCAACCCACACCUUUGCAACAGCGCCUUGUUUGGAUCUGCUUUUCAUCCCUGGUGGCAUCGGAACGCGCGGUUCAAGCCCAGCAAUCGAAGAAGUAAUCUCGUACAUCCGAAACGUAUAUCCUCAGCUGAAAUAUCUCAUUACGGUUUGUACGGGCUCGGGGCUUGCAGCACGAGCAGGGGUUCUGGAUGGAAAACGAGCCACGACGAAUAAGAUGGCUUGGGCUGAGAUCACCGGUUUAGCUGUGAAAGUUAAUUGGGUUCCUCAUGCGAGAUGGGUCACUGAUGGUAAUGUUUGGUCUUCAUCUGGGGUUAGUGCUGGGGUUGAUGUUACUCUUGCUUGGAUUGAAGAGGUCUAUGGUAGCGAUAUGGCGAGGAAAAUCUCGAAUAUCAUGGAAUAUACCCGGCAUGAGGACACUAGUCACGAUCCAUUUGCUGAACUGCAUGGCCUGUGA